UAUUUAUUUUGGUUUCGUGAAAGGAACACUGUCGAAUGGGAUUUUGUUGUGUUGUUUUCUGUGAAAUUCGUCGUAAAAAUUCUCCGUAAACUGUUUCGAAGGAAAUCCAAAACAAAGAAGAGACGCAUGGAGUCAAAUCUGGAGAAGGUUCUCAAUCCCAAUCGAAGUUUAUGCGGGCAACUCUAUAAAUACACAAAUGUCGUCAAAGGUUGGCAGUACCGAUGGUUCACCGUGGAUGCCCAGGCGGGUACAUUGAGCUACUAUCUGUGUGACACAACGAAUCAGAGUGAGGAUACGAAUCCCCAUAGUGUUGGGACGGCUCCAACACCCAAGAAUCAAACACCCCGGGGACAGGUGCACUUGGCAUGUGCUGUAGUAUGCCCCAGUGUUGAAGAUUCGCGUACCUUCACAAUUAGCUGCGCCUCGGGUGAUACGCUAAAACUACGUGCGUCAGAUGCUAGAGCACGUCAAGAAUGGAUUGAUGGCUUACGUGCCAUCACGGAGAGUCACACACUUGCAAUUGCCAAUGAUUCUCUCCCAGCUCGUGAGCAUCUUGCCGCCUCGGAUGCCAUGGGUGCUGCCCGGCAGCAACUGCAAGCAACAGAGCUGUGCAAUGCAACAUUGGCGCGUACAAUUGAAGCUGUAGCACCACCACUGAGUCACACUGACCCCGAUUUGCUCAUGCUGAAGGCACUUUCAGCCGCAAAUACGCAAUGUUUGAUUCAAUGCCUGAAUCUCCUGCAGCGCUAUUCGGAAAUUCAAGCUGACACGCGCUCCGAGGUGGCAUUCUAGCCCACAUGAGCUGACAUGCCCUCACAGAGGGGGCAUCACCCUUCUUCUCUCCUCUAAAACUCUCGAAUCGGCUCUUUUCCGGGAUACUUCUCCACCACGCGCUCGUCCUUCAACAAGACACUUUUGGCUUCAACGCAACCCAUCGCACACAAACAACCAAAUGCAACUCCUCCCUCCCCAAAAGAAGCGCUGGAAGCGUUUAUGCACGCAAGUCCGAGCAUAUCCUUUACUCUUCUCUUCCGUUCUUCAUGCGCCUCUGCGUGAAGAAACUUGUGCAAUUCCUUUGAAAAUAAAAUUCCAUUUGAGUGUAAUAAAA